AUGAAAACGUCCCUCUUUUACGCCCUUAAUGGCGCUCUUGGGGCAGUAGCCCACGAGUCGCUUGCCUAUUUCAAGAUUGACUCCGGAAAGGAAGAGCAUCGCUCCCUCGAUGGCUGUUCAAAGCAUGGCAAGCACAAGUGGGUUCCUGACCCUUCCACCUUUGUUUUCCCACAGAACGACUAUAAGCCCGGAAACUCCUGGGAUCUCUGUGUUGACUCGGCUCACUGUGCCCCUCACGAGGCUCUGAGCAAGGUCACCUUUGAUUUCAAGGAUAACGGCAUUAUCUUCAACUUCAAGCACAUCGAGCACUACAAGUAUGAGGAUGUUGUCGUCUAUGUCGAGCGUGGUAAGCCUCCUACUGAGUACUCCCAGAAGUACAGCAAGGAUAGCGAUCACUGCAAGAUCAUUAGCGACUACAAGAAGGCCAAGUGCCAUAUCCCUUACUUCUCGCUGACUGAUGGUGGCUCCUACGACGAACUUUGCCCCAUCAAGGACAACGGCGGCUGGAGACUUUACGUCAAGAUCAAGGCCAAGAUCUCUCAUGGUUACAAGAAGUACAGUCUCUUCAGCCGUGCCGGCGAUAUCCAUGAGAAGUACUUCACUCUCAGCUACACUUGUGCUGAGUGCAAGGAAUACAAGCACAAGGAAGGUAAGUACGAGGUGAUAGAGGAAGUUGAGGACUAUCCCGAGGGUGAGAAGAAGAAGUACGACGAGUACAAGCAUGAGAAGGAGGAGAAGAAGUACAACGACUAUGAGGAGGAAGGAAAGGAGAAGUACAAGCGUGGAGUCGACGAGGAGGAGGAGACGGAGUACAAGGAGAAGGAAAAGGAGAAGGAAUUCCGCCAUGAGCAUCAUCACAAGCAUCACCACCAUCAUGGCCACCAGCAUGAGCACAAGCACGGCCACAAGCACGGUCAUCUUCAUGGUCAUCUUCAUAAGGAACACCACUACAAUCAUCACGAUAAGCAUCACGGUUAUGGCAAAGGUCAUGAGCACAAGCACUACGGAUACGACCAUCAUGAUCCUAACUACCUCCACGAGCACAAGGAUUAUAAUCACGGCGAUCAUGGUCAUCAUUACGAUGAGCACAAGCAUUAUGACCACUACGGUCACGGCCACCACCACCAUGAUGACUACAAGCACCACGAGCACUAUGAUCCCAGCCGUCACCAUGACCACGAUAGCUUCUUGAACGAUUUCUUCAAGAAGUACGGACACUACGAUUAUCACCACGGAAAGCACCAUCACGAGCAUCACGAUGGAUACAACCACCACCAUGCUCGUGAUUUAGCUGAUGAUGAGAUCAAGAAGAGUGAAAAGGACGAGUACAAGCACAAGCAUGGUCACAAGCAUGGUCACCACCAUAAUCACAAUCAUGACCAUCACCACAAGCAUCGCCACAGCCAUCAUGAUUACCAUCACUACGAGCAUUACGAUCCUGGCUACCAUUAUGAUCACAAGCACCAUGACUACAAGAACUACGAUCAUAAGGACUACAAGCACUAUGAUCACAAGCACCACGAUUACAAGCAUGGCCAUCACAACUACGAUCAUAAUGAUUACAACUACUAUCACAAGCACCAUGACAACAAGCAUUAUGAUCAUCACCAUGGCGACAAGCACUACGGUCAUCAUCACGAGCAUCACAAGCACUACGAGCAUCAUGAUCCUAGCUACCACUACGAACAUCACAAGCACUAUGAGCAUCAUGAUCCUAGUUACCACCAUGAGCACCACAAGCACUACGAUCAUCACCAUGGCGACAAGUACAAGCACCACCCCAAGCGAUCCGACGAGCACCAUGACAAGCACCACGGAAAGCACUACGAAGAGCCUGUCACUGUCUACUACAAGGAGAAGGCUGAAGAUGUCAAUGCCAAGGCGAACCAUGUGAUUUACGAGAAGGUCCAAAAGCACGAGAUCCCUGCCCACAUCUACAAGAAGCUUGCGGAAGCCAAGAAGCACCAAUACGAUCAUGAGCACAAGUAUGGUCAUGAGCAUAAGCAUGCCGAGGAACAGUACCACCAGAAGAAGCUCGCCGAAGCCAAGCUCUCCAAGGCCAUCGAGGAGUACUACGCCCUUCACUAUGGAAAGCAGCACAACGAGCACAAGAAGCACGAGCCUGAGAAGAAGUACUACGAGCAGAAGGAAUUUGAGAACAAGAAGGAGCAUGAGUACAAGAAACAUGGUCCCAAGGCGUACUACGAGCACAACAAGUAUGGUCACCUGAACGAGCACAAGCACCACGACAAGCACGAGGAGUACGAGCCCGAAAGGUACAACCACGCUCAUUACAGGCACAAGGAGCACAAGCCUAAGUACGAUUCAGACCCCUACCACGACAAGAAAGCGUUCCUGAAGGAUUACAAAUACGACGGAGUGAACAUUCAUUCCACUUGGGAGAAGCUCUACAAGGCCAAGAUUGAGCAUGACCACAAGCAAAAGCAAAAGGCUUACGCGGUUCAUUUUGACAAGCACCCUCCUUUCUACAAGCAUUCCAGCUUCAAGCGCUCGGCUCUGCCCAAGUACUAUCAUGGAGACGAGGCAGUAGAGAUCGACACCGCCAAGGUCGAGAAGUACAUUGAGAAGGCCGAGUACAGAAUCAACGAGGGUAUCAGCAAGGCCAUCUACAAGGCCAUCAACUCUGCUGGUGAUGACCCUUCUACUGGCACCAUCAUCAAGUUUGUCAACAAGGUUGAGGCUGCUAUCAAGUACAUCGUCGCCAAGAACCUCAAGAAGGCUGUCGCCCACAUCGCCGAGAUCCACGGUAUCGAGGAGCCUUCUGCUGAUGAGGUUGAGAAGUACAUCUACAAAACUGCCAAGCAUAUCCUCAAGGCUGCUGACGAGAUCUUCACAAAGACCAUUGAUGCUCUUGGUGAGGACCCUAAUGAGAAGGAGGUUGAGUACGCUGUCGCCAAGGUUGAGAAGCUUCUCGCCAGGGUUGUUGACAAGUACGUCCGAGAGGCUAUCGUUGGAAUCUUUGAUCUGGAAUAUGUGACUGAGAAUUCUUAUGGCGAGUAUGAGAAGUAUGACAAGCGCCAGGUGGCCAACGCUCAGAAUGUUACGGCAUCCGCCAACAGCACCACUGCUGCCAAUGACACUGCCCCGGCUACUAAUGCUAUCUCGACAAAGGCUGUCAACCGACUCAUGAGACUGUUUAUGCGCCAGGAUUCCCAGAACGCCACUCAGGCUGCCAACACCACUGCCCAGGCUGCUAAUGCCACCGAGACCCAGACUCUGAUGAGGUUCAUGAGACGUCAGGCGUCCAAGGCUGACAACGUCACCGAGGCUGCUGUCAAUGCCACUUCUCAAGCCGCCAAUGUCACUGCCGAAGCCGCCAACGCUACCGAGACCCAGACUCUGAUGAGGUUCAUGAGACGUCAGGCGUCCAAGGCUGACAACGUCACCGAGGCUGCUGUCAAUGCCACCGCCCAAGCCGUCGCCGACGUUGAUCAGGCUCUCAACACCACCGCUCAAGCUGUCAACGUCACUCAGGCCCAGAACAGCAAGCGUACUGAGGUCUACAGCGAUUCCAAGAUCGAGAAGGUUGUGGAAAAGGCUGCUGAGAAGGCUGCCGACAAGCUCAUCAACAAACUCGACAAGGAGGAGAGCAAGAGCCAAUCGAAGCGAGAUGCCAAGUUCUACAACGGAUACCUUCCCAAGUGCAAGGGCAAGAUCAUCAAGGCUUACGGCAUCGAUGGUCUGCACUCUGGUCCCCUGAAGGACUUCAGCGUCAAAUCGCACCCCAACACAUGUCACAACCACCAGGGCGACUAUGUUGUCUACAGCCAUGAUGAGCUCAAGAAGACUGUCUACGGCAAGCUCUACGAGUCUCAUGGAGGCGACAACAAGUUUGGCAACUACUUCAUCGAGUUGGUCAAGGGCCACGACAGCUACACCAAGGAUAUUGUCGUCUCGAUCGAUAUCUCGGACAAGUACCAGUACGAAGCUACUGAGGCCAAGGUCUUUAUCGGCUGCAGCGCAGGUUUCGACCACCACUCCAGCGACAACAUCUGCUCCGAGAAGACAUACCCUUACCUGGCUGUUGCUGAGAAGGGACUCAACGAGUUUGUCUUUGCUAUCCCCGACAAGUACAUGUGCCACGAGUACUACAUUGCCAUUGUCGUUGAUUUCUGCGACACCAAGUACUCCUCAUAG